GUCGAGGCAGAAGGCCGCCCACCAAGAGCCGGGGUCUGUUGGAGGUUUCUUCUGUUAAAGGGAGUUUUUCCUCCCUAGUGUGACCCAGUGCCACUGAAGGGGGAUUUGUUGGAUUUUUGCUAUAAUAGUGUAACGUGUAAACCUUACUAUGUGAAAGUGUCAUGAGAAGAUUGUUGCUGUGAAUUGUUGCUUUACAAAUACAAUUGAAUUAUAUUGAAUUUUUAAAAUUGUAUUUACUGUACUAAAUUUGAGUUUUGACUGAUAUGAAGUUGCUGCAUUUGCUAAUUUGUAAUGUUUUAAUUUUUAUUCUAAAGUCUAAAGAGUGAGUUGCUGUUAUUUGAAUUUCCUAAUUUAAUCACAUUUUGAGUUCAUGCAUCAGUGUGAAAAUGAUGACACAUUCUACAGGCUUUACAGCACUUUGUUUUUCUCUCUCACUACAUCAGUGACCUGUUCCCUGUGUCCCUUUGUCCCUCCAGAGCUGCCACAGCAACAUGUCUGUAAGGAGGAGGUUGUGGCUGGCCAACAGCUCUGUGACCAGGAGAGGAACGCCAGUCUGGACCAAGAGGACCCAGAGCCUCCAGAGAUUAAAGAGGAACAGGAGGACGUCCGUAGCAGUCAGGAGGGAGAGCAGCUUGGACUGAAGCAGGAGAGCAAUCCCUUUGUGUUGACUGCUACUGAUGAGGACAGUGACCACAGUGAACCAGAACCAGAACCAGACAGUGACCAGCAGCUCCUCUCUCACAGCUCCCCUGUAGCUGAGAGCCAGGAUCAGAAAGGAAACCAGCAUGUAGACUCAGGAUCAACCAGUGACAGUAGGAAUGUGGACAACUCUCCCAUGUCACAGACUGAGUGUGAUCCUACCACAGGUAACAAGUCCUUCACAUGUGACACUUGUGGGAGAACUUGUAGACGCAAGUCCAAUUUGAACCAACAUUUGAGAAUCCACACAGGUGAGAAGCCAUAUUCUUGCAACACAUGUGGGAAGAGUUUCACUUGUAAUAGUUCUUUAAAUACCCAUCAGAGAAUCCACACCGGUGAGAAGCCACAUGUUUGCAACACAUGUGGGAAGAGUUUCACACAAAGUGGUAACUUGCAUGACCACAUGAGAAUUCACUCUGGUGACAAGCCAUAUUCUUGUAAAACAUGUGGGAAAGGAUUCAUUAAGAGCUCAACCUUGACUGCCCAUUUAAGAAUCCACACCGGUGAGAAGCCGUUUAUUUGCAACACUUGUGGGAACGGAUUCAAACGGAGGUCACAUUUGACAAAUCAUUUAAGAAUCCACACCGGUGAGAAGCCAUAUUUUUGCGACACCUGUAGGAAAGGAUUCAGUGAGAGGUCAACCUUGAAUGCCCAUUUAAGAAUCCACACAGGUGAGAAGCCGUAUAUUUGUGACACUUGUGGUAAGGGAUUCGUGUGGAGCUCACAUUUGACGAAUCAUUUAAGAAUCCACACAGGGGAGAAGCCAUAUUUUUGCGACACCUGUAGGAAAGGAUUCAGACGAAGGUCAAACUUGAAUGCCCAUUUAAGAAUCCACACUGGUGAAAGGCCGUUUCCUUGCAGCACUUGAGGAAAAGGUUUCACAGAGAACAGGGCCUUGCAGGUCCACAUGAAGGUCCACACAGGUAAGAAGUAGGGUAGCAACAGUGUGAGAUUUUCCCAGUAUGAUAACUGUCUUAUUGUGGUUUCACAGUAUCAUCGUAUAACAUGUUACACCAUUACUAUGAUUAAAGUAAUUAAAACAGAAGGGUUUUUUUUUAUAUAAAUUGCAAACAGGGUCAGAAGUUAACACCCACCAGGAGUCAAAAACUGGUAGAUUUUCCAUUUAGUGAGUAAAUCUCAGAAGACCACCUGCCACACUGGUGGGUAAAUGUUUGUAGCAAAAUAGUCAUGGACUAAAACUGUAUCCUGCCCUGCUUCUGUUUGUCAGAGUCUGAGACGCACACCCGUGUCUGUGAAGACCUGCUCCUGCUCUGCCUCUGGUUGACUAUAGUUUGCAUGUUAGCACCAGUAGUGGAGGAAAUAUUCAGAUCCUUUAUUUAAAGCUACUGAAUGCAACUUGUUUGAAUAUUUUUGCUGUAGAAAUGUGCUCCAAAACUUGUCUUGAUGUGGAGAGGUACUGUCGAAGCCCCUCUACACACUAUUUACAGUGGGUACGGAAA